UUGAAUUCGAAAUUUUUGUAAAUUUCUUUUUUCUGCUGUCACUUUAUUUUGUUUUUUUAAUCUAUGCUGGCCUUCUCUGGCAACUGACUGGUCCACCUUUUUAAGCAGAAUUUCAAGUAUUUGCAGAUUUGAAAUAAUACAGUAAAAAAUCAAGAGGAUAUGUUAGAUGGAGGUUUUUUUAAUUUUAAUGUUUCUCCACUACUAUGCGCUUGGAUCGCCUACAUGUAGUAAAACAGAAUCGUACUUAGAAACAUACACAAAGAGUUACACAUAUCCAGUGCAAAUUACGUACAAGACAAGUUGCAUGAUAUUUUUCUCUUGUGAUGCAAAAAGAACUGAGUACAGAAUCAGAUAUAAAGUUGAAAGUCAAGUCCGCCACAGGUUGGUGAAUGUUUGUUGUUCAGGAUAUGUUUCAAAUGGAAUUAACUGUGAACCUGUUUGUGUGAAUGGAUGCGGACACGGUAAAUGCGUAUCACCUAAUGUAUGCUCAUGUGAAGCUGGAUGGAAAGGAGUUACAUGUUCGCAAAGUUGUGAAGGGGGAUUUUAUGGUUCUGGUUGCACUAAUAGUUGUGCAUGUCACAAUGAUGCUAGGUGUUCUCCUACAACAGGAUACUGCUUUUGCAAAGAUGGUUGGAAAGGUAAAAAAUGUGAUAUUCCUUGUGAAGAAGGAUUUUUCGGAAGUUAUUGUUUACAAAAGUGUGAUUGCCAAAAUGAUGGAACAUGUGAUAGAAUUAAAGGUGUAUGUAAAUGCCCUGCUGGGUAUACUGGAAAUAGAUGCACUGAAGUCUGCCCUGAUGGUGUUUGGGGAUUAAAUUGCUCCUCAAGAUGCGUCUGUGAAAAUGAUGCCAAAUGUGAUCCAUUUAACGGCAGCUGCUCCUGUGAGCCAGGAUGGAUUGGAAAACUCUGUAACGUUCCAUGUAGACCAAAGUUCUACGGAUUAAACUGUGGAAACAAAUGUGACUGUUUAAAUGACGGAAAUUGUAAUCCAGUUGAUGGAACCUGCCAGUGUUCAGAAGGCUAUUAUGGAGAAAGAUGUGAAAAUAAGUGUCCAAGUGGAUCUUGGGGCUUAAACUGUUCCAAUGUCUGCACCUGUAAGAACGGUGCAACCUGCAUACACUCGACUGGCUACUGCGACUGUGCUUCCGGGUGGAAAGGACAUGCCUGUGAAAUCCCAUGUGAAAAUGGAACUUACGGAUAUUUUUGCAAUCAUAAAUGUGAAUGCAAAAAUAACGGAAAAUGCGAUCCUAUCAGCGGCUGCCUUUGCAAACCAGGAUUUACCGGUGAAACGUGUCAAGAGAUAUGUUCUGAUUCUUCAUGGGGCAAAAAUUGUUCUAAAAGAUGCACGUGUAAAAAUGGAGCAACAUGCAAUCCAAUUAAUGGCUUCUGUUCUUGUACACCAGGUUGGAAAGGAGACCGCUGCGAUAUUUCCUGUAGUAAAGGAUAUUACGGCAUGAACUGUUCCCUUAUAUGUGAUUGUGCAAACUCGGCAACUUGCGAUGCUGAGAAUGGAGAAUGCUUAUGCUCAGAAGGAUAUCAUGGAUCGAAGUGUGGAAAAAAAUGCCCAGAGCACAAAUGGGGAAUUAAUUGUUCAAAUAAUUGUAGUUGCUUGAAUGCUGCAAAAUGUUUGCCAACAACUGGCUACUGUGACUGUAGUCCAGGUUGGAAAGGAAUUGAGUGUGAAAUACCAUGCGAUAAUGGAACUUAUGGGUAUUUUUGCAGUCGAAAGUGUAGUUGCAUGAAUGGAGCUGUUUGUGAUAAAUCAUUUGGCUGUAUUUGUCUACCGGGAAACAUAGGAGAAACAUGCAACGAGACUUGUCCAAGUUCUUAUUGGGGACAAAACUGCUCCAAUAAGUGUUCCUGCAAAAAUGGCGCACAAUGUAACCAAAUUGAUGGUUCUUGCAAUUGCACAGAUGGUUGGAGAGGUAUGCACUGCCAAAUCCCCUGUAAGUCUGGAAAAUAUGGAAAAAACUGCGAAGAAACAUGUGUUUGUGAAAAUCGAGGUACAUGGAAUCCACGGAAUGGUAGCUGCUAUUGUUCUGAAGGAUUUUACGGUUUUAGAUGUGAAUUUCCCUGUCCGAGUGGAUAUUGGGGAGAAAAUUGCUCGCAAUUGUGUACUUGCCAGAAUAACGCCACUUGCCUUUCAUCUACAGGAUACUGUGAUUGUCAGUCUGGUUGGCGAGGUUACGAUUGCGAAAUCCCUUGUAAAAAUGGAACUUAUGGGUACUUUUGCAGUCGUCAAUGCGAAUGUAAAAAUGGAGCUGCAUGCAAUUCUUUCGAUGGUUCCUGCAAAUGUACUGCAGGAUUUGUUGGGGAAAGAUGCAAUGAAACUUGCUCAGAGGGAUAUUGGGGAGAAAAUUGUACCAAUAUUUGUUAUUGUGAAAACGAUGAAACUUGCAACCACGUAACUGGAAAUUGCACCAAGAAAUCUUACAGUUUAAGCUCUUUAAAUUGCACAUUUCUCUGCAAGAAAGAAAGCACCUUUGGGGAAUGUGCCGAAAAUUGCGAAUGUUACAAAGAAAGAGAAUGCAAUUAUUUUUCAGAAAAUUGUACAAUGAUUGUGAAACCUGAUGUUUAUUUCUGUAAUGGAACUUGUAAGGAAUUGCCUCAAUGCAAGAUAUUUAUGCUGAAGUUAAAAUAUGCAACUUAUAAUAUUUCAAAUAGAUUUGGACUUAAUGAUCCAGAGCUAUCAAAUUUCUACAUAUUGAUAGUUCCACUAGUAUGUGCUUCUAUCGGUAUAUUUUCUGCAAUUGUUUUAAAAUUUAGAAGAAGGAAAAAAAGAAAAAAAGACAUAACUGUUGCAAGAUAUUUUGCUCCGAAUGAGAUUUAUUUCAUGAAUAAACAACCUAAUCCUAAAGAUUAUUCCAAAACAUCAAAAUAUAUUCGUCGUCAAAUUUCGCUGUAUGAAAAUGUCGAAAACUCUAAAACAAUUUGCAAUACAUAUAUUUAAAGAGACAUGUGAAUUUUGAAAAACAUAAUUAAGGUAAACUUCUAAGAAAAAAUAUUUUGAUACUUCAAGAUUAUUGUAAAAUGUUUGAAGAGAAGAGGAGUGAAGUGAACUGGAAGAAAAGUUCAAUUGUCGUAUUGAAAGUAUUUUAUGUAUUUUUAAAAAAUAAAAAUGUAAGUAAAUAAAGUUUUUUUACCUUUCUUUGCGCCAUUUAAACAUGAAC